UCAUCGCCAUACUGUACUGAUGUUGGUCGCGCACUUGGAUGCCCUAUUUUCCACGUAAAUGCCGAUGAUCCAGAAGCUGUAAUGCAUGUGUGCAAUGUUGCCGCGGAAUGGAGGAAGACCUUCAAGAAGGACGUGAUUAUUGAUAUUGUGUGCUACAGAAGUUUCAAUUUAUAUAGACACGGCCAUAACGAAUUGGAUGAGCCCAUGUUCACUCAGCCACUUAUGUACCAGAGAAUCAAGAAAAUGCCAACAGCUUUGGAAAAAUACCAAGAACAUAUUAUUAACGAAGGUGUUGCUAAUGAUCAGUAUGUGAAGGUAAACUUUGAUCAUUUGAUUUGCAUGGUCCAUAAAAUUGAAAUCUAUUUUAAAGGACGAGCUUACGAAAUAUGGACAAAUUCUUGA